CAGAGGAUCUGAAGGAAGGAAGCUGUAUUAGACUGGUCGUGGAUCGGAUCAUACAUGACAUUUAAUCCCCCCGGGGAGGUGUGGUAAGCCCUGCUUUGGCUAAUGAAAGAAAUGCAGCUUAUCCACUGGGACUUAUGAGUGAGGGAUGCGAAUCCUAUUCUGAAUGGCAACUCUUCACUGCGAGUUAUGGUUGUCCAUGUCCUGCCUUGCGAUCGAUAUUGAGAGGAAGGUUUCUGGUGCUGCCAUUGGGAAGCUUCCUUCUGGAAUCACAAUGCCAUUGAAGAGCUAAUCUCCCCUUGCAACUGUAUUCUUAAGACUCCAGCUAGAAUGCAGCAAGGAAAGGCAGUCUCAUGUCCAGCUCUUCUUCUGGCUGAAGGUUACCUGCUGCAGCGGCAGACCUUUUAAAAGGAAGAGGUCUCGUGCAAGCCUUAAGGUGGCUCUGCUCCAUACUUUGAGUUCAGUACUGUGGCUAGCGCCUUGCACCCCCCAUCUCGCCUUGGCUUUGCUUGGUGGAUGUGUAUGCAUGAGUUCUGCACCGAAUGGGCGCAAGAACCGCCCCAGGUCACAAGGAACUAUCUUCCAGAUCGGCAGCAAACCUCACCCCGGAGACUCUGACCGCAGAGGGAGCUCAGAGAGCCCCCUUAGAUCUCAGAGAACCCUGGACCACUGCAAAAUGCUUGUCCAGGAUUUCAACACCCAGGUGGCUUUGUACCGUGAGUUAGUCAUUUCCAUUGGGGAUGUGUCAGUAAGCUGUCCCUCUCUACGGGCUGAAAUGCACAAAACUCGAACCAAAGGCUGUGAGAUGGCACUCCAGGCGCACCAAAAGCUCUCCACAAUCUCUGGGGCUGAAGAUGGAGAAAUCCAUCCUGAAAUAUGCCGGCUGUACAUCCAGUUACAGUGCUGCCUAGAAAUGUAUACAACAGAAAUGCUGAAAUCCAUGUGUCUUUUAGGAUCACUUCAGCAUCAGCGGAAAGGAAGAGAUUCUUGUAUAGCUCCCAAAAUCAUAGAUUACAAAACAGAAGAAAGUUCCGAAAUCCCAAUAUUAGAAGAUACGUCAUCAUCUCCGGUAGAUAUUCAACAGCAUUGCUGGCAGGUUUCCUUAGACAUCGAAAACACAGAAAAAGACAUGAAAGAAAUGAAAAACCUUUUAAGCAAACUCAGGGAGACCAUGCCUUUGCCAUUAAAAAACCAAGAUGAUAGCAGCCUUUUAAAUUUAACACCAUAUCCACUUGUCAGAAGAAGAAAGAGAAGAUUCUUUGGACUGUGUUGCCUCAUCUCAAGCUAAAAA